AUGAGAGCUGUUGGUGGUCGUGGGACGUCGUGGAGGUGGAAGGGUAUUUUGCAAGGACGGAAAAUAUUGGAGGCAAGCAUGAGAUGGCGUAUAGGCAGUGGACAGCAAGUUCGUAUUUGUCUGGAUAAAUGGGUGCCCAAACCUUCUACUUUCAAGAUUUACUCUAGACAUCCAGAUAUGCCUAUUUUGGUGCAGGGGCUUAUUGAAGAUCAAACAAAGAUGUGGAAUCGAGAUCUUAUUUUGUGUUGUUUCAAUAGUGUGGAAGCCCAGACCAUAUUAUCCUUACCUCUUAGCAGGUGGGGCUGUGAUGACAAACUAGUGUGGCAUUUUACUGCUCAUGGUGGAUACUCAGUUCGUACCGGCUAUGAACUUGCUCUAAACUUACCGAAAAAUGGCGAGUUGGGGGGAAAAGCUGAAGGAGAGUGCAGCCAUGGAAAUGAUCAGAAGAAUUUCUGGAAUAGCAUAUGGAGAUUGCAAGUACCACCUAUAAACUUCGAGCAUUUGUUUGGAGGAGCUGUCAAAAUGCAUUAG